AUGUUCGACAGGAUCAGAGCUACUGCUGCAGCUCUUCAUCACGAGGCUCUGAACCACAUUGCUCUUGAUCACAACAAGAUGCUAACGGAAGUCCCGAAGAAGUCGACAAAAGCUGUGGUUGUAUUGCCAGCUCCUGUCACACCGCAGAAGCGCAAGACCUAUACUGUCGAAUACGAGCACGAAACCCGGAUCCGGAGACCCCAUCACCAGCAUUGCGUCCACUACCUCAACAACGCCGGGAGCAUGCCACCGUGCUCUGACGAGAAGAGCCGGAGCAAUCUUGUGGACGGCGAGUUCAUCGCAGGACGUUUCCGCAAUCUUAACUUUACGCCGGUGCCGCUCCCUGGUGUAAACAGCACAUUCUUCCCUUGGCAUGAGUUCUUUGCGCACCUUAACCGCAACAUGAUCGAGACGCCCUUCGUGUCCACAAGCAAUCUGCUAGUCUGGAUAUUGCGCCUAGCAUUGAACGAAGCCAAGGAGGGCCGCAGAGAUGGCCAGAUUACCGUUAUUAAUGGCUCAAGACUCGAGAGGAAACAUGUAUACCACGCACUCCCCAUGCACAGGGAGCUGUGUGAAAAGCGAGCUUUUGAGAAGGGCGCCUGGAAGUAUCCUGGAUCUCAUAAGUUCAUGGUUUAUCACAAGAUACUUGCUAAAGCUAUCGUGCAUACCGUCGGCCUAGAGGACAUGGUCAAGCUCGCGAAAAAGGUCGCAGCUGUUGGUCACGCUCUCAACUUCCAGCUUCUUGCUGGGAAGAAAGACUUCCGCACUAAGGUCAGACCUCAGCUUGAGAGUGCGAGAGUGGAACUGCUACCAGCUGUGAUCAAUGCUAUGGCACGAUUCCUGAAGCUUCUUGGCCUUACGCCGGCGUCAACGAUGGAGCAGAUUUCCUACCUGGCGGCGGACAUUGUGCAGGGUUGGGCCUUCCGCAUCGAGGCGCACACGCCACCGGAAGAGUACCAACAGAUGUCUGCUAUUUUUGCCUACGUCUUCUGUAAAGGCAGCUUCCCUGAUUUGCGAGAGCAUAUGAAGGUCCGCAUGGCGUUUUUGGACGGCCUCCGCUGGGGCUUGGGCACCUUCAGUGUCCGACAUUCUGUAGAGGCUCUGGCUUUAAUGCAGAGGAAGGCCAACAUGGCAGGGCUUGCGCAUCCGGCGAAGAUCUUGUCCGAUGAGCUCGAUGCGGCGAGGUUGCAUAUUACUAUGUUCGGACGCAAGCAGCAAGCACUCAUUACAGACGGUGGACGGCCUGGCAACGACAUGAAUUUGAUCGAUGCGCCCGGCUAUAAAUCGAGCGAUGAUGCAGACGAGGAGGUCGUGUACGGUCCCUGA